ACUGAGUAGGAGAGUGCACGAAUCCCUGAGUGCGUGCCAAUAGGAGCUGCUUGUGGUAGAUAGGUAAAUGGGUGGUUUAGAUGGUUGCUACCAUUGGUAGUUGGUCGUAGACAAGAUUGUGCAGUGCUUAAGAAGGUGGAUUCAAUUUGGAUUGGGACACAUUGGACACCAACCAUGAACAUUACGGACCAGGUUGAGAACAACACUUUCCUUGCCACAGUAAACAGUCAGUGAUGUCUGAAUGCGUUUUCAAAGUGCUGAAGCGAGUUGCCUUUUCAUGGCAAAUGCUCUAAAACCACAUUUAAGUCAAUUGAUUGGGGUGUUGCAUUACCAUGUGGAAAUGAAUCAGCCCCCUUGACGAACAUUUUAGUAAUGAGCAACCGCCAUGAACUUUUGUGACGUUGAUGAGAAAGAUAGUCACUUAUUGGACCUUAUAGAUGUGGAAAGUGCCUCCAACUCUACUGACCUCAUAAGACGAUACAAUAACAAUGCGUCAAACUGGCAAAACGAUGAUCAAGAGAUCGGAGUAAGAGAUCCUUUGAUACCCAACAGAGACCAUUUCGAGCUCAUGGAUUUAUCAAAUCCGUCCAUUCCAUUAAGAGCACAAGAUAUUUACGACAGUGCCCCAACGGUUCAUCAAAGAAGUCACAAUAACAACAACCCUGCAAGUGGAGACAGUUCCAGUGGCCAGUGUUACGAUUCAGCCUGUAUUUCUGCGCCACCUUUCCCGAAUAACUAUCCAAAUUCCAGGGAUAAUAUUCAAGAAAAUUUCAGACAAGAGACGAACCUCAAUGAAGAUUUUACGAAUAUUCAAAUUCCAGCCAGUUACACCGUGUCUUCCUCCUACCACACAACUUCCCCUCAAAGCAAAAAAUAUCCGAAUGAAAUCAAAAAGACUCUGGUCGCGCUUCUUUUUACCGCCUUCAAUUUUCUUCUCACUUGUGUUAGUUUGGCCUUUGUUCACGAGGACCGUCCUUUAACAAGCCCACUACCUGAUCAAGUCCUCGACAGAAUUCAUUACAAAGAAUGGGCUCUCUAUGGCUCUGAAUAUUUAAUAUCAAUCCAAAUGACCACUGUUGGAGUGGUGGUAUUCUUCCAUAAACAUCGGUUAAUUGUCUUGCGAAGGAUAUUGCUCAUCGUCGGAUGUCUUUAUUUCUAUCGAGCAAUCACCAUGUGGGUCACUGUCCUUCCUGCCCCAGAUCCCAAGUAUAAAUGUGCCCCCAAGUUCGACGACUUUCUUACGUUUCGUGAAGUAACCAAGCGUGUGUUUACUAUUAUGACCGGAUUUGGUUUGAGUAUCAAUGGAAAUCACAUAUAUUGUGGAGACUACAUUUAUUCCGGCCAUACUAUGACUAUUAUUAUGGGUCAUUUGGUUGUUCAAGAAUACACUCCAAAGUCCAUGGUUCUCUUACAUUGGGCUACGUGGAUCAAUGCCUUGACUGCUAUAGUUCUAUUGUUGCUUUCACGUGGUCACUAUACUGUGGAUGUGAUAUUAGCGUACUUCUUUGCCACAAGACUUUGGUCAAUAUAUCACACAAUCUGUGGCCAUGCUUCUCUCAAACAAAGCACACCUGGAAAUCAUUGGUCCAGGUUUUGGUGGUUUCGAGCAUUUCUGUGGUUUGAGCGUAAUGUCAGGCCAGGACCUUUACCUAACGAAUAUAGCGUGCCUGGAAUUUUUCAGCGCCUGUUGGCCAAGAUAAACAAUAAAUAUCCCAGGGGAGGUUCAAAAGUGAAAUAUCAUCGAGUUGGAGGCCGGAAAAAAUCAAAAACAACGUUAAGUCCAUAAUAAAUGAUAGUUUCUACCUUUGAA